AUGUGGAUCAUCAACUGGUUUUACGACCUUCUGGCCUCCCUUGGCCUGCUCAACAAGCACGCCAAGCUGCUGUUCCUCGGUCUCGACAAUGCCGGAAAGACUACUCUCUUGCACAUGCUGAAGAAUGAUCGCGUUGCCAUCCUCCAGCCUACCGCUCAUCCCACGUCGGAGGAGCUGGCUAUCGGUAACAACCGUUUCACGACCUUUGAUCUGGGUGGUCACCAGCAGGCUCGCCGUCUCUGGAAGGACUACUUCCCCGAAGUCAGCGGUAUCGUCUUCCUGGUCGACGCCAAGGACCACGAGCGGUUCCCCGAGUCCAAGGCCGAGUUGGAUGCCCUGCUUGCCAUGGAGGAUCUGGCCAAGGUUCCCUUCCUGAUCCUGGGCAACAAGAUCGAUCACCCGGAUGCCGUGAGCGAGGAUGAGCUCCGACACCAGUUGGGUCUGUACCAGACCACGGGCAAGGGCAAGGUCCCUCUCGAGGGCAUCCGGCCUAUCGAGGUGUUCAUGUGCAGUGUUGUGAUGAGACAGGGUUACGGCGAGGGUAUCAGAUGGCUGUCUCAAUAUGUCUAGAAGUACUUUUCUCCCCUUCACGCGCCCCGCCUCACUGUACCGUAUACACCAUUCCCCCUCUUCCUCACCCUAUCUUAGCCCACUUGUCUACUCUACCGCUUCCAAUCUAUACCAAUAUUUACACCUGUCAAACAUACAACCAAACAUCAGAACUCCCGCGCUUUUCUGCUGUCCACAAUUGGUGGUAGUUAGGAGUUCUCCUCGAAUACCUCUUGUCUCUAUCCUCGUCCUUUGAGGGGGUUACCUCGUUUUCGAUGCUAGUUCCGCGUUAGCUUCAAAACUUUAUCUUAACGCAUUACGCUUUCCUAUUCCGAGUAUCAGUCUAUCCGCCUGUGUUUUGGA